CCCUCCCCCCUCCCCCCUCCGGGCCGCGCUGUGCGGAUUGCCUUUUGUUUCUGGUGAAGGGACAAGGAGCCCGGGGAGAGGUCGGAGGCGAGAGCAGGCUCUUUGUCGGUGUUGGCGCUGAGCCUCGGAGCGUGUGCGGGCAGCAGCGUACACCUUCCCCCCCCCCCCCCCCCGGCCUCAGCAGCGGAGCGGGUUGUCAUGUCCCGGGGACUGGAUCGGAGCUGCGCCCCCCGGGCUCGCUGCUGACGAGAUGACCGUGGCUGUUUUCUUCGGUUGCACUUUCAUUGCCUUCGGACCCGCUUUGGCUCUGUUCAUCUUCACCAUCGCCAAGGACCCGCUCCGAGUUAUCAUCCUGAUCGCCGGGGCAUUUUUCUGGUUACUAUCCUUGCUGCUGUCUUCGUUAGUGUGGUUUAUUGCUGUAAAAGCCAGCAAUGAGAAGGAUGCAGAACUCCAAAAAUCUCUCAUUAUCUUUGGUGUGAUGUUCUCUGUAUUACUGCAGGAAGUUUUUCGGUUUGCUUACUACAAACUAUUAAGAAAGGCAAAUGAAGGCUUAGCAGCACUAAAUGAAGAUGGGAAGUCACCCCUAUCAGUCCAGCAAAUGGCCUAUGUGGCAGGACUUGGAUUUGGAAUAAUGAGUGGAGCUUUCUCUGUGGUCAACAUACUUGCAGGCUCGGUGGGACCAGGAACUGUGGGAAUCUUCCGUGAUUCUCAGUAUUACUUCCUCACAUCAGCUUUUAUGACCAUGGCCAUCAUCUUGCUGCAUACUUUCUGGAGUGUGAUAUUCUUUGAUGGAUUUGAGAAGAGACGAUGGUUCGCUGUGGUAUCAGUUAUUGGAACACACUUGCUAGUAUCAGGACUGACGUUUCUAAAUCCAAUCUAUGAAGGCAGCCUUAUUCCAGCAUACAUGAUUAUGGCUCUUAUGGCAACUUGGGCUUACUUUACAGCAGGUGGAUCAUUGCAAAAUCUUCAACACUUCUUCAUGUGUAAGGAAAACAAAUAGUAUUGCAACACAGGCUGGCUCCUGAUAGAAACACAUACCACUGUUCCAGGAUGAGAUCUUGCCAGAAACUGCAGAGUGCUGGAAUAUUAACAGCAGCCUUGAAAACAGUUGAAGCAAUACCAUUGCAAAUUUUAUUUACAGGGAACAAUUCUAAACAGAAGACAGGAAUCCAUUGUUCUUCUAUUCAACACUUGUGGGACUGCCCGUAUGCUUCUGUGUGGGUAGUUGGAAGAAAACUUUUUUUACUGAACAGAAAAGUUUGCAAUUACAAUGCAUUGCACCGUGAUUGGGGAUGGGAAAUUUUAGGUUUUGUGGUAACUGAUGGGCUUUUGCUUUUUAUAAAUUAGAAAUGUAAUUCUUAUACAACCUGGAAAUGGUACUCUCUGAAAAUUGUUUAUGCAGUGCUCAGUAUCCCAGGGUAAAUGUAUAAGGUGUAUUGUGGAUCUGGAACAAUUCAUACACCAGGGUUUUAUUACAGUUUCCUUUGAAGUCAUUUAUUUUGACAUUAUCAUGAGUCAUGUUUAUCAAUGCAUUAAAUAAUAAAGUCUGAUAAUGAAAUACUA